UCCUUUUCCCCCCACUAAAAUUACACAAUUCAAGGAUUAGCCCAUAGCUGAGGAUUCUCUUUGCUGAAGAUCAUCUGAAGAUGCACCAGUUUAACUUUGCUCCGUUUUUAGGCAUUUCAAGAGUUUUAUAGAUACAGCUCGGAAACUGGCCCUUCGGCCAGCCGGGUCCACACCGACUAGCGAUCUCCCCGUACACUACACACUAGGGACAAUUUACAAUUGUCACCGAAGCCAAUUAACCUACAAACGGCAUGUUUUUGGAGUGUGGGAGGAAACCGGGGCACCCGGAGAAAACCAAUGCGGUCACUCACAGGGAGAAGGUACAAAUGCAGGAUCGAACCCGGCCCUGUGAGGCAGCAACACUACCGCUGCGGCACCAUGACGCCCAAGACAUCAAAGACACUUUGUAUCUUCAUUUAUUGCAUUUAUGUUUCUUGUAUUAAUUGUGUGGUUGCAUUACCGUGCCUGCAAAGCUGCAGCGAGUAAGAUGUUAAUUGCUCCUUUCCCCAUGGAUGGUUUGACAGAUAAUCUUGACGCUUGAUAUAUUUCUUGUGGAAAUGAGGAGGGCUCUCUAUUCUGGUCCACUGGUCCAAUCAGAUUCGUAGCAAAGUAGGACGGGGAGGAGGCAGGGACAAAGCGACAUGGUCACAUUACACGAGAGAGGUUUCUCGAUGUAACCUGAACCCUUCUUGUUGUUACCCCGUGAAGGUCGGGAGAUCUUGUGGACAAUUAGCGACAGCAAACUCGUUUAGAAAGUCUGCAAGCAGCACAAUUUAGCUGGGCUAUUGAAUUGUUCCAUCAUCCACCCAGCAGCUUAAAGAUGUUCUUCCAAUGACUUCUUGUAGCGGACUGAGAGGGAGCUCGAUAUUCGAUACAGUUGAGGAUUAAACUGUAAAGUGACAAGUUUAGGAAAGUUUGCAGGCGAGGGGUGAGAUGGCCAAUAGGCAAAAGCGGGUGAUUUUCACCGGAGGGGCUUUAUUGAGCUUCGCCUCUGUUUUGACCGCCCUGGUGGCUCUGGGCACUCAGUCCUGGGUCGAAGGAACCUUGCUGUGUAAGACCGGCGUGCAACUUGUCAACGCCUCGGGAGCAGAGCUACACAAAUUCAUUGGGGCCAUCAGUUACGGCAUGUUCCACGGCCAGAGACUCCGAGAAUGUGGUCUCGGCGGGCGACACUUCCAAAUUACCUUUUUUCCAACCCUUUUGGACGGCAUACCUGCAGGACUUCACGUACUGGUUCUACUGUUUGCUGCAGCAGCCAUUGUGUUUGCGCUGGUGGCCACUGGAUUCUUCAUGUUCAAUGCUUUUGGAAGACCUUACGAGACCCUCCAUGGUCCUGUGGGCUUGUACCUCUGGAAUGCCAUUGCAUGUUCGUGUGGUUUUAUGGUGAUGAUACUGUUUACCUCCGAAGUGAAGAUUCAUCGUCUGUCUGAGAAAAUUGCAAAUUACAAAGAAGAAAGCUUUGUCUUCAAGACAUACACUGAAGUGUUUGGAUAUUCCUUCUGGCUUGUCUUCGCAUGCACGAUGAUACACUGCAGUAACAUACUGCUCAUAAGGUCAAUAGGAAUCCAGUUUCCUUUCUUGAUGUCAAAAAGCACCAAUUCGAGCGAUGGGGGAGUUGACCUAAUGUACUGAACCUCUCUAUCCCCAGAACUUCCCAGUCACAUUUCCAUAUCCCCUGAGCUCUGGAUAGCCUGAUGUUUAUGGAUUGAUGAUUCUGACCACCCUGUGCUGUGUGAUCCUGAAGUGUAUAUGAACUGGUCCUCUGGAUAAUGCAGCAUGCAAGUGUCUAAGACACAUCACAGGGUUGAAAUUAAUGUGCGGCACAGUGGUGCAGGGGUAGAGUUGCUGCCCCCCAGCGCCAGAGACCCGGGCUCAUUCCUGACUACUGGUGCUGUCUGUACGGAGUUUGUACGUUUUCCCUGUGACCACAUAGGUUUCCCCUAGUUGUUCGGGAUUCCUCCCACGUACCAAAGACACACAGAUUAUAGGUUAAAUGGCUUCCGUAAAUAGUUCCUGGUAUGUAGGAUAGAAUUAGUGUCGGGGGUGAUUGCUAGUCAGUGCAAACAUGGUGGACAGAAGGACCUGUUUUCGAGCUGUAUCUCUAAACCUAAGGAACAUAAGUAGGCUAGAGGAACUCAGCGGGUCAGGCAGCAUCUAGGGAGGGAAUAGAAAGGUGAUAUGUUGAGUUAGGACUACUCCUCAGACUGAUUUGAAUGGGGGAGGGAGGGGGAGAAAGCUGGAAAAGGUAGUUGGAGGUGGGGCAAGCCUUGGCAAAUGAUAGGUGGAUACAAGUGUGGAAGUGGGUUGAUAGAAAGAUGGGUGAAGUAAGUGACAAAGGAUGGAGGUGAAAAGGAGACAAAAGGGUGUCAGAUAAGAAGAGGAGGUGUGAAAUAUAAAGUUGGGGUUUACAUAUCAUGAGUUUGAAGAAGGGUCCCAACCUGAAACAUUGUCCAUCCAUGAGUUUGAAGAAAGCUCCUGACCUAUAAUGUCACCUAUCUAAUGAGUCUGAAGAAGGGUCUCGGCCCAAAACAUCAUCUAUCCACAUCCAUCAGAGAUGCUGAUGCAAGGAACUGCAAAACUUUGUUUCCAAGAAAAGUCACAAAGUGCUGAAGUUACUCGGCAGGUCAGGCAGCAUCUCUGGAGAACAUGGAUAGGUGACGUUUCGGGUCAAGACCCUUCUUCAGAUAACGUAUGUGCUCUUGUCUUUGAAGAUAAUGAUGAAACAUGCCAAUGUAUAGCUGACUAAUGUUCCAGAGUAGUCCCUUGGGGAAGAAAGUCGUUCUUUUGCGAUGGUUGAAUAAUCUAAUGUUUGGCUGAUGGGUCAAAUUUGACUGACUACAAGAUACUGUUGCAAUCAACUGUUGUAAUUCUGUGUAAUCUUGGUUAUUAGUUUGUUGUAAUUGUUGUUAUGGGCGGCACAGUGGUGCAGCUGGUAGAACUGCUAUCUCAGAGCAUCAAAAGUCAGCUUUAAUCCCGACCUCGGGUGCUGUCUGUACAGAGCUUGCACAUUUUUCCCUGUGACCACGUGGGAUUCCACCAGUUUCCUCCCAAAUCUCAAAGACGUGCAGAUUUUGUAGGUGAAUUGACCUCUGUAAAUUGCCCCCUAGUGUGUAGGGAGUGGAUGUGAAAGUGGGAUAAUAGCAAACUAGUGUGAACGUGUGUUCGAUGGUCGGCGUGGACACGGUGGGCCGAAGGGCCUGUUUCCGUGGUGUAUCUCUUAACUAAACUAAACUAAGCAAUCAGUGAUGAAAGCUGAAUUCCAAUUUGUCAGCAUCCUAAGCAAACCAAUCCAGGAUGAGACAGUAUCUCACAGUAUUAUGCAGUUGAUUUAUAAUGUGGUAAACCUUGUCCUAAAUAAAUUGUUUAAAAAAAAUUAAGAAUGCCUUGCAAUUAUAUGUAACAUGACACAUGACAUGAUAUCAGGGCACCUAUUAACUAAUUGCAUUACCCCUGGCGGAAUAAAAAUAAAUUAAGAGACCUACUAUCUACUGCCAUUGAAACCCAGCUAAUCUCCAGGGUGAUGAAAAAAACUAAUGUUAAUAUGAAUCAUCUUUAGGCACUAACUAGUGAAGCACGGGUCCACCACUGAUUUUCCAGCAACUGAUGGUCCGGCACCUCCUCCAAUCCGGAUGAAAUUUGAGAGCACACUUGAAAUCUCCUCCUGGAAGUCCCCCGAAAAUGUGGUACCUAGGCCAGAUGUGGCAUCCGCUCUCGACCUCAUCAGGACUUCCGCAGUCAAAUUACCAAUCGGCGGGUCAAAUUUGCCCCCUGAAACCAGGGCUCUGGAACUCCAGCCCAGCCGGAGUUCCAGAGUUGGUGUUGGACAUCUGUGCUGGUAGCAGAUGUGAAAGUGGCAUGUAAGAAAAAUAACCUGCAGUUUGUUAUCAGAGCACAUGGUGGCGACUGUGUCAAAGUUAGCAAAUUGGCAAAAAAAAAACAAUUAAUAAUUCAAGGCAUUGCAAACAUUAAUAGAUAGGAAGGAACUGCAGAUGCUGGUUUAAACCGAAGAUAGACACAAAAUGCUGGAGUAACUGUGCGGGACAGGCAGCAUCUCUGGAGCGAUGGAAUGGGUGACGUUUAUGUAUCUCCCUCUCUCCUGACAUCAGUCUGAAGAAGAGUUUCGACCCGAAAUGCCACGCAUUCUUUCUAUAUGUAAUGAAACUUUAUAUCAGACUCAAGGUUCAGACAAGAGACGACGUUACAUAAAAUACAUUGCGUAUGAACACACCACAAAAUACAUAUACAAGCUUAGUAUAUUACUUAUAAGAGCAUCAUAAAUUAUAUACAAAAACACAAUACAUGAUUUAAAAUCCAGAAUAAAAAGAGAGAUCAGUGUCCUACAACGAGACCGAUGUCUCCACGACUGGGAUUGGAAGCGUGUGAUGCUAUAUAUAUGAUUUAGAGAGAAGUGGGCAAAACGCAAGGGAGGUGGGACUAGUGUAGAUGGGGCAUAUUGGUCAGCAUUGGCAAGUUGGGCUGAAGGGUCUGUUUCCACGUAUUGCUCUAGUGCAAGAAGCGACGGAAGGGGUCGGGUUUGUCAAAAUUCACUCAGAGGACACUCAUUGCAAGAGUCAGUUGGCAAGAGUGUUUUAUUGUGAUAAGUCAUUAGACACUUGACUUGGGACCCUUCUUCAGACACUCGGUCCGGAACUAUGACUGGAAUCCAGGUGAGUUAUGACAGGGAGAGGCGUGGAUCGGCGGGGUCUAUGGUCGCUGCCGGAGUG